AUGGAGAACAAACCAACUGUAUUGACUGAUAGAUACGAAGUCGGGAGGUUACUAGGUCAAGGCACUUUCGCCAAAGUGUACUACGCAAGGAGUGUUCACACUAACGAGAGUGUAGCCAUCAAGAUGAUCGACAAGGACAAGGUCAUGAGAGUCGGGCUCAGCGAGCAGAUCAAGCGAGAGAUCUCCGUGAUGAGGAUCGCGAAACACCCAAACGUCGUGGAGCUGUACGAGGUCAUGGCGACGAAAUCGAGGAUCUACUUUGUGAUCGAGUACUGUAAAGGCGGAGAGCUUUUCAACAGAGUCGCAAAGGGGAAAUUGAAAGAGGAUGUCGCUUGGAAGUACUUUUAUCAGCUCAUCAACGCCGUUGAUUUCUGCCAUAGCCGUGGAGUGUAUCACCGUGAUAUUAAACCGGAGAAUCUGUUGUUGGAUGAUAAUGAUAAUCUCAAAGUUUCUGAUUUUGGGUUAAGCGCGCUUGCGGAUUGCAAGCGUCAUGAUGGUCUAUUGCACACGACUUGUGGCACGCCUGCUUAUGUUGCUCCUGAGGUGAUUAACCGGAAAGGAUAUGACGGCGCAAAGGCGGAUAUUUGGUCUUGUGGGGUUGUUUUGUUUGUGCUUUUGGCUGGUUAUCUUCCUUUCCAUGACUCUAAUUUAAUGGAGAUGUACAGGAAGAUUGGGAAAGCGGAUUUCAAGUGUCCGAGUUGGUUUGCUCCUGAGGUGAAGAGACUUUUGUGUAAGAUGUUGGAUCCUAACCAUGAGACGAGGAUCACUAUAUCAAGAAUCAAGGAGAGUUCUUGGUUCAAGAAAGGUUUACAGUUGAAGCAGAAGAAGAUGGGGAAACAAGUCAGAGAGGCUAAUUCUGUGGAAGAUGGAGAUUUAGUUGAAAAUGGAGUGAGCCACGAGGAGCCUCAGCUUGCAAACUUUAAUGCUUUUGACAUUAUUGCGUUGACUGCUGGGUUUGAUCUGGCAGGGCUGUUUGGGGAUGGUUAUGACAAGCGAGAGUCUAGAUUCGCAUCUCGGAAACCUGCUAAGGAGAUUAUCUCGAAGCUAGAGGAGGCUGCGAAACGCCUGAAGCUGAAGAUAAGAAAGCAAGACGCUGGUUUGUUUAAGCUGGAAGGAUCAAAGGAGGGGAGGAAAGGGGUUUUGUCGAUGGAUGCGGAGAUAUUCCAAGUGACGGAGACUUUUCACCUGGUUGAAGUUAAGAAAUGUAAUGGAGAUACUAUUGAGUAUCAGAAGUUAGUGGAAGAGGAUCUUAGGCCUGCUCUUGGGGAGAUCGUCUGGGUUUGGCAGGGUGAGAAGGAGAAAGAUGAGCAAGAAGUAGAUCAACAACGUGAACCAAUGUAG